AAUUAAAUCUCCACGAAACUUCAACUGUGUUUGGAACAUUCCUCAAUUUAGUCCACAGCUAACUUCAAUCCCAUUGGUCAUCUUCCGUAUAUGCUAAUUAGGACCCAAACGUCAUGUCCUGAACACAGCGCCAUUUUUUUUUUUAUACUUCAGGAGGAGGGUGAAACAGCAUAAUACAUCAAUUAUAUCACUUUAAUGUAAAUCAUUUUUUCCUGAAUUAACUUUGGUGGCUGCAUGUUGUCUGGAGAGGUAAGUCGCAGAGCAUUGUCCAGGUGGAUUGAUUGCACACUUCCGUGACACCGAGACUGAAGCGCUUGCGGAUUGGUGAAACUAUCCAGAUAGGGGGAAAAAAAGACGCGACAGCCAUCCUUUUAUAACCGGAGACGCCAAAGCAAAGUGUGUUGUGUGUUUUGAUUUGGAGAGCAGCUAUAUUAGCUAAAGGAUGAUGCUGGGAAGCUGAGGAGCAAUGUAUCAAGUCCCUGUUGGAAACUUGGAAAACAUCAGAAAAACAAGGAGAAAAGUUAAACAUAUUUUGAGUGACUUUGGACUGGAGAAUUGUAAAGUCCUUCUGGAAGAGCUGCAGAAGGAGAAGGAGAAAAACUCUGAUUCUGAUGAGGCGUUUCAGGAGACCGAGUGGGUGGACCUCAGUGAGCCCUUUCCAGGCAAGAGAAAGAAAAAGUGGCCAUACCGCACGCGGCUGUUGUGCUGCACCCUCUGUAAGUACUCUACCCGGAACUGGUACUCCUACAAGAGUCAUCUGCAGCGGAACCAUGAGUAUGAGAGGAAACUGUGUGUCCUGGCUCCCUGCCAGAUCUGCUCCUUCGUCGCCCACCCCCGAGUCCUCAAGAAGCACCUCCUACUCUUCCAUGGCUCUCCGAACGUGGACCAAGAUGCAGAGUCUCUGCAUUCAACUACCAAGAAAGGGGACCGGUUUAAGUGUCGUAAGUGCCGAUAUGUGGACUCAAACCUGUUCUCAAUGAAGAAGCACGUCAUGCUGAACCACCUGGAGAAGCUGUGGCACCACUUCUCAGGACGGAUACCAGACACUAAGUUCCCCCAUACAGCCUCCAGGCAGUUCUGUAAGGUGUGUAAGAUGGUCAUCGAAAGCACGGAGCACAUGCUGCACCACAUCCUGUCCUCUCCCACUCACCAGUGGGCCUGCGCUCAGAUAAGGACCUGGAUCUUAGAGAACACAAAUUACCAAACACUGGCCCCUAAAAACCAGCUGCCACAGGUAUCCAGUCCUGAGCAGCUGGCCGGGGCCAAACAGAGCUUCCUCCCCCCACAGGCUUCAACCCUGGUUCAGCUGGCCAGUGCUGAGGCUAAAGGCCUCCUCCAGCCUGGUGCUACUGUCAACCUGCAGAGUGCUAUGCCACAGGGGGCCAUCUCAGCCACCAUGCCCAUCGGCCAGACCAUGGUCAGACUGCCCUCUAGCACCUCACUACCUGGUGCUCCUCACAACCAGGUGCCUUUCACCAUAGGGGUCCAAGGUCAACAGCAGCCCCAGCAGGUCUUCCUGCCCCCGAGGGUGCAGAUCAGCAUUCCAGGGAUGUCCCAGUCCCUCAUGAUGACUCAGCGCCUCCCCCUGAAUCACGGGACCCCCCAGGGUACCAUGCUCCAGAGCACCCCUCAGGGCACCAUGCUGACCUCCCAGUCCCUCCUCAGCCACCUCAUCCCCACGGGCAACAAGGUCAACGGCAUGCCCACCUACACUUUCGCCACGCCGGUGGGCAUGCCCGGCCAGACAAAUAACGUCCAGCUGAUCAGCAAGGCUCCUCAACCCAUCAAACCAGCAGGUAACCCCGCUCUCAACGCCAAAGCCAAGAAGUGGAUCACCUGUCCCAUCUGUAAUGAACUGCUCCCCUCCAAUGUCUAUGAGGCUCACCAACAGGCUGCCCACAAGGCCCAGCCCAGAACAGCCAAGCAGCAGGGCUUGGCUGCCCGCGCUCCCUUCCUCAGGAAGAUGCCUGACAAGACAGUCAAGUGUUUGAAGUGUAAGAUCCUGCUGUCUGAGAAGGGCCUUUUUGAACACCUGCUGCACGGGCUCAACUGUCUCUACUGUCCUGGGAUGUUCUACUCCAUCCAACAACUGGUUGAGCACACAAACACACAACACAACCCCACACAGAAGGCCAACUGUGACUUCAUGAGGCGGGAGUAUAGACUGUACACAGACGACAGCGGUAACCUUCUGUUCCCCUACUUUGACAUUAACACCACGGCCCCCAAAGAGAUCCUAGGAGACGCAGAACUGAAACUAGCUCUGGUCACAAACUCCCUGGACCUGAUCUUCCUCAAGAUGCAGCCUGGUGGUAAACAGGAAGUGUGUCGGAACCCCAGUAAAACGACGCGGACCGACUGCCCCUUCUGUGAAGAGAAGUGUGUCACAGUGGAGAACUACCAGGCCCAUCUGAGUGGGAAGCACUGCAUCGCGCCCACCGUCCAUGCCAUCCUCAAGACCGCAGCGUUCAAAUGCAUCUACUGCAACGGCGUUUACACAGGCAAGACCACACAGAAAGCUAUAGUCAUCCAUCUACAGCGAUGCCGCCGUGCACCCAGGACCCCUAAAGAUGCAGACAGUCUCCAGUCCACCCCCACCAACGGACGCCAGCAGCAGGUCAUGGCCUUUAACCAGAUGAUCCAGGUGCCAGGUCUGUACUCUGCCCAGCUCCCUCCCGUCCCCAUGGCAGCGCAGGCCUCCGUCCCCGUCCCCCAGCCCUCCGAGUCUCCUGCUGAGCUGCAGAGCAAGCUGAGGCUGGAGGCGGCCUUCAGGGAGGCCAUGGAGGCCAACAAGAAAGAGAGGGAUGCGCGGGCAGCCUUCCGUAAGCAACGAGAGAAGGAGAAACGAGAGCAGGGACCCCUGACAGACCCCUCUAUUCAGCUAGCACUGGACCCCAGUGGGAUGGAGAAACGCCCCUCUGAGGAGCGGAAAGACUUCCUCACCAGAUACUUUCACACUAAGCCGUAUCCCACAAAGAAGGAGUCUGAGGAGCUCUCCAAGAGACUGUGGUUGACCCGGACUGAGGUGUCCACCCUGUUUGGAAUGAAGCGCACCAAGUGCAUGAAGGCCAUUCAGAAGAACAGCCCUACCAUCUUCAUGGGUUUCAACAUGACUGAGCUGAAGAAACUUAAGCACGACCUCCUCAUCCCAGACGUGGAACCUGUGGAACCUGCAGAACCUGAGAAGAUGGCUGACCUGGAAGUGGAACCAGAACAGGCAGGUUCCUCAGAAGGGGAACCAGCUGAACCAGAAAUGUCUCUUCCAGAAGAAGAUCCUUUAGAACCACAUCAGAAGGAUGUUCCAGAGAUGGAUCCUUUAGAACCAGAGCCGAUGGCUGUCUGAGUUGUCACUUCAGAGUACAUGUACAGUGUAUAUAGAUCCCUUUACCUGGCUGACUGCAGCAGAUUGCAGUGCCCUGAAAUGUAUACUUUUAUAUUGAUGUUGAUCUGCCUGCUAGUGUUGUCCAGAUUAAAUGUCAACUUAAUUUUAGGUGUUUACUUAUUAUUCUCCUUUUCGUAGAACUGUAAUUCAAAUGUUGACAUUCUCACAGGCUACAUGUUAGAACAAACCUCUGUAUUAGUGUAAAAAAUAUAAAGCCAGGAUUUUAUUAGUUCAACGAAGGGUAUUGAUUCUGAGUGACACUCCGUUUUCAAGGGUUUGUUGCGAGAGCUGUGUUACAUACAACCAACGCAUGGUUAAAUCCACCAUUUCUUUCUAGGGGGCAUCUUUUAGAGAUGUUUUUCAGCCCAUUGAACAUGAUUCAGUUUGAAAGAUAUUUUACUUGCUGCUUGUUUUGAAAUACAGUCUUAACUGUUAAAGCUAUACCUGUAUUUAGUAUUAUGGAAUACUCAUACUAUACAAACUGGGAUAAUUGAUUAGACUUUUUAAGCAACUAAACUAUUAACUCUCCUGUUCAAAAUAUAAUGAACAGUAUGUGUAAAUGUUUAUCAGAAUACCUUUUUUCUGUUAGUGAUGUCAUUUUGUAUGAUAGUUACUGGCCAUCGUUCUCAAUAGAAACUCAAAUCUAUUAUGUGGUUAUGAGUCCAUUGACUAGAUGAGACUGAGUAUAAUCAUAACUGUAAGAUUCUGUCUAGCUUUUUUCUUUUCAGAAUGUGUAUCAACAGGUAUGCUAUUCUUCCCUUUCUUGAAACUACGUCAUGAGUUCGCUCAGAUACUGAAUUUUUUUCCAUAGCCUCCAUCACUUUCAACUUUGCUUUGCUCACCCUUGUUCAUUUGCUGUUUUGUCCACUCAUUUUGUUGAAUGUUAUUAUUUUGGGAAAACAGAAUACCUCACCUGGUGUUUUUACCAUUAUUUUCACAUGUUAAUUCAUCUAUGGCAAGGAUGUCAAACUCAUUCCAUGGAGGACCUAGAAUAGUCUGCUGGUUUUUUUUUUUGUAUUUUUUUUUCAUUUAGGACCAAGACAACCAAGUGAGGUGAGCUCCUUACUAAUUAGUGACCUUAAUUCAUCAAUCAAGUACAAGGGGGAGCGAAAACUUGCAUACACUCGGCCCUCCUUGGAAGAAGUUUGACUAAUGUGCUAUGAUUUUGUUCUUUGUUUCUACUUCUUCCUGUCUCAUUUGCAAUUGAUUGUUAGGUGUAUGUACUGUAUACCUGUUGGGUUUUCUAUGGUUUCAGUCCUUGCGAAGCAAAAAAUGUAUUUAGUCUUGAAGGUUUGAACCUGCUGAUGCAUUGUGGCAGAAUUGUGCAGAAUAAAAACUUUUUCCAAAUAAA